AUGAUUCCCAACCUGAGGGAUGUGACUAGGCUAGUGUAUGACAUCUUUGUUGUCUUAUUUGCGAGAACGAAAUGUGCUUCCUUAAAGUCAGCCGCUUACGUCACGUUAAGUGAAGUUCUCAAAUUCGGUUUGUCUGAAUUGGUUGGUUUGGAAGUGAUGGAUAUAUUGUCAAACCAUUAUGGUUUUGUCCUUCCAGAAGGUGUGUUACGAACACGACGUAUGGCGGUUACUGGUUUUGAACAGGAGUGUUGUAAGGAGUUGAGAUAUAUUGUGGAUUAUCAACGACGUCUGCUUGAUCAGCAAAAUAGUUUGAUAGCCCGGUUAACUUCUGGUUGUCGGCAUGAUGACCCCCAACGACGUCUGAGUCUUGCCGAGCCCAGUGUACCUAACCACUCGGAAGGUUUACAUUGGGAUCCGCCUGCUGCGGGAUUGGAUCCGCCUGCUGCGGGAUUGGAUCCGCCUGCUGCGGGAUUGGAUCCGCCUGCUGCGGGAUUGGAUCCGCCUGCUGCGGGAUUGGAUCCGCCUGCUGCGGGAUUGAAUAAUGUGUUUCGCAUGACAUCGAUUGACAAGAAGACGGCCACUGAUAAGACGCCAAUUGACAAAGGAACGUCAUCGAAAAAAUGUGGUGCUGGAGUGGAGCCCGGGGUUGCGUUACCAGAUGGAUUAGAGGAUGAUAAGAUCUUAUUGGGAGUACGCAAAAGUAUCCAAAAAUUAAUCAUACCCUGGUCGGAAAAUAGUCUUCCAUAUAACAGAAGACGCCUUUGCGGUUUGAAGAAUUUGGGCAACACUUGCUACAUGAAUUCUGUAAUACAGGCGUUAAAUAUUAUCGACUUGUUUGUUAUCAAUUUGCAGAGAUAUACCAGGACCGAUCGCAGGCAUUCCUCAUCAAUUGAUCGGGCCCCAACGGUGGGUUGUUCCACUACAAUAAGUGGUACAACAACAAUGAGUUAUUCACCCACUGUAUCCCGAAGAGGAGGAGUUGAUGACGGAGGAAUUGAUGACGGAGGAAUUGAUGACGGAGGAAUUGAUGACGACAUAUUGAUGAAUUUGAAAUUGUUAUUUGCGGAAAUUUCUAAUUCGCCACCAUUGGGACGACCAUCCCAAGGAAUUGACCCAGGACGGUUCUACAAGUGCAUAGACCAACAACGAUUUCGUCGUGGUGUACAGCAUGAUAGUUUGGAAUUUCUUCAGUAUUUAUUUGAUUCACUAGGAGGAUGUGAAAGUCCGUUGAUAAGGAAUACAUUUGCGGGUAGCCAACAGCACUCCAUGACAUGCACGUCAUGUGGUUAUAAAAGUCAAAUGAAUGAAACGUUUAUUGACUUAGUCAGUAGGCCGUGUAAUGAGGGUUCUGGAGGUCAACAUGAUGUCACAGAAGGUUUAUUUUAUGGUGAAGAGAUCUUGACGGAUUAUUUUUGCGAGUGUUGUAAGACACAGACGGACACCAUUAAGGUCAGCAAUGUCAUUUCACCUCCAGCCUAUCUUAUAAUAGUGUUGAGUUCCUCUCAUUGGGUCAAUGGCCGUCAUAUGAAGGUUGGAAACCGACGGGUAAUACCUACUACUUUUACACAUAAAGUUUCCGGCAUUUUCCUAUCAUACGAGCUAGUGGCCACCGUGGUGCACCAAGGUAAUGAAACAGACUCAGGACACUACUACACCGUGGUAGCACACGACGAGUCCGUCUACGUUAUGGAUGACAUUACUGUCAAGCCAGUUAUACCAGACUUAAAAUCAAGUGUUCGUAAGUCGACCGAUAGUACCAAGACAACCGAUAGUACCAAGACAACCUCCAAUAACAAACUACUUUAUGACUAUGUAAAUCGCGCCAAAACACCGUACAUCUUAUGGUAUAAAUGCACAAGCGUUCCGCCCUCGGACGAACUGAUAGCGCUCUGA